AAGCUUGUUUUGUACAGUACGAAAACAUAUUGAAAAGUAAUAAAUCUCCGAUUUGAUGUUGCGAAAAACAAAACACAGAGUGGUAAAGAGAAGAUAGAGCAAGCGAGAGAUCGCGCAAUCGGUUCGGGAUUUUCCGAUAAAAAGUCCUCCGAAUGGCUCAAAUGGUGAAGAAAGACGACGAUCGCGACGAGGAAGCUGACUACUCGCCGUUCGUCGGAAUUGAGAAGGGAGCAGUUCUUCAAGAAGCUAGAGUCUUUAAUGACCCUCAGCUUGAUCCAAGGAGAUGUUCUCAAGUUAUUACGAAACUUCUCUAUCUGCUCAAUCAGGGGGAGUCAUUCACAAAGUUUGAAGCAACGGAUGUUUUCUUUGCUGUCACUAAACUAUUCCAAUCGAAAGAUAUUGGAUUACGGAGAAUGGUGUAUUUGAUGAUAAAGGAGCUCUCUCCCUGUGCAGACGAGGUUAUUAUAGUUACAAGCUGUCUGAUGAAGGACAUGAACAGCAAGAGUGAUAUGUAUAGAGCAAAUGCUAUCCGUGUUCUCUGUCGGAUCAUAGAUGGUACUCUUCUGACACAGAUAGAGAGAUACUUGAAACAAGCUAUUGUGGACAAAAAUCCAGUAGUUGCAAGUGCGGCCCUUGUUAGUGGAAUUCAUUUGCUGCAGACGAACCCAGAUAUUGUGAAAAGGUGGAGUAAUGAGGUACAGGAAGCUGUUCAAUCAAGGGCUGCGCUUGUACAGUUUCAUGCACUCGCUUUGCUCCACAAGAUCAGGCAAAAUGAUCGAUUGGCCGUUAGUAAGCUAGUUACAAGCCUGACAAGGGGAACUGUACGCUCACCUUUGGCCCAAUGCCUACUGAUUCGCUAUACUAGUCAGGUCAUCAGAGAAUCAAGUACUAGCAACCAAACUGGAGAUCGACCAUUUUAUGAUUAUCUUGAAGGUUGUCUUCGUCACAAAGCAGAAAUGGUUAUUUUCGAAGCUGCUAGGGCUAUAACAGAGUUGAAUGGUGUGAGUAGUCGGGAAUUGACUCCUGCAAUUACUGUUCUACAACUCUUCCUAAGCUCUUCUAAGCCCGUACUGCGAUUUGCUGCUGUCCGUACUUUAAACAAGGUGGCUAUGACCCGUCCACUUGCUGUAACAAACUGUAAUAUAGAUAUGGAAAGCCUGAUUGCUGACCAGAAUAGAAGCAUUGCUACACUUGCCAUCACCACACUGCUAAAAACAGGCAAUGAAUCAAGUGUUGAUCGUUUGAUGAAACAAAUAACCAACUUCAUGUCUGAUAUUGCUGACGAGUUCAAGAUAGUUGUGGUGGAAGCUAUUAGAUCUCUUUGCUUAAAGUUCCCUCUUAAAUACAGAUCUUUGAUGAAUUUCUUAAGCAAUAUACUGAGAGAAGAAGGUGGAUUUGAAUACAAAAAAGCAAUUGUCGACUCUAUUGUGAUCCUCAUAAGAGACAUUCCUGAUGCUAAAGAAAGUGGGUUGCUUCACCUGUGUGAAUUUAUUGAGGAUUGUGAAUUUACAUAUUUAUCUACUCAGAUUCUACACUUCCUUGGAAAUGAGGGCCCAAAAACCUCUGACCCUAGCAAAUACAUAAGGUAUAUCUACAACCGAGUCAUUCUUGAAAAUGCAACUGUUCGGGCCAGUGCUGUUUGCACAUUGGCUAAAUUUGGUGCUAUGGUUGACUCUUUGAAGCCACGCAUCUUUGUUUUGUUGAGACGCUGUCUCUAUGACAGCGAUGAUGAGGUUCGUGAUAGAGCCACACUAUAUCUUAACACACUUGGAGGUGAUGGUGCGGUUGUUGAAACUGAUAAAGAUGUGAAGGAAUUUCUCUUUGGGUCACUUGAUAUCCCGCUGGUUAACUUGGAAACAAGUUUGAAGAACUAUGAACCUUCUGAAGAACCUUUUGAUGUCAAAUCUGUACCCAAGGAGGUUAAAUCUAAGCCAAUUGCGGAGCCCACUGGUCUGCGUGCUCCUCCUGCUGCUGCUCCUGCACCCACAGUUGACACUUAUGAAAGGCUGUUAUCCUCUAUCCCAGAAUUCUCUAGCUUCGGAAAGCCUUUUAAGUCCUCAGCACCAGUGGAGCUGACAGAAGCGGAAACGGAAUAUGCAGUUAAUGUAGUAAAGCACAUCUUUGAUGGGCAUGUUGUGUUCCAAUACAAUUGCACAAAUACAAUCCCUGAGCAAUUGCUGGAAAAUGUUUCAGUUAUUGUGGAUGCUUCAGAAGCGGAAGAAUUUUCAGAAGUGGCAGUGACCCCUAUAAAAUCCCUUCCAUAUGGUUCACCAGGACAGACAUUUGUGGCUUUUGAAAAACCCGGAGGUGUUACUGCUGUUGGGAAAUUUUUAAAUGUCUUGAGAUUUAUCGUGAAAGAGGUUGACCCUUCUUCUGGUGAAGCCGAGGAUGUUGGUGUAGAAGAUGAGUACCAGUUGGAAGACCUUGAAGUUGUUGCAGCAGAUUACAUACUAAAAGUGGGAGUUUCAAAUUUUAGAAAUGCCUGGGAAAGCAUGGACCCAGAUACCGAGCGAGUAGACGAAUAUGGUCUUGGUUCCAGAGAAAGCUUGGCAGAAGCUGUUGGUGUCGUAAUUAACCUUCUUGGUCUACAGCCUUGUGAGGGUACUGAAGUUGUCCCAAACAAUGCUAGAUCACAUACAUGUUUGUUAUCUGGAGUCUAUAUUGGCAACAUGAAGGUACUAGUUAGGUUGUCAUUUGGAAUUGAUAGCCGCAAAGAGGUGGCAAUGAAGCUUGCUGUUAGAUCUGAUGAUAUAUCUGUCAGUGAUGCUAUUCAUGAUAUAGUAGCAAGCGGUUAGCUGUUCAGUCCCAUGAACUCUGUUCUAUAUUUUCUAUUCCUAAAAUGUGUUGGAAGGAACAGGCUGCAUAUGGAUCCUUGAAAUAAACCAGUCAGUUGGAUUAAAAGAUUUGCUUGCUAAGCUCAUCUUUGCUAUAUGAUAUGUAUCCUUUAUGUGAAAGCCACUUGGGAGGGUACUGCUGCGAGUGCCCCGAGUAUUUUAGCUAGUUUAUGAAUGGCAUAUUAUCUGAACUGAGAUUUUAAUCUCCCAAGGACAGAUUUAUAUAUCCUUUGAGCAUAGAAAAUAUUGUGUUGUACAAGCUCGCUCCAGAGACUAAAAGUCUACUUAUUCAGUUUAAAAUGCUUAAAAAUAAUUUGUGUUUUGUA